UUUUUACCUGAGAAAGAACGAGAGUAUGCUGACAUUUCUCUACCCACAGUUUCCUUUACAAGAAGAGUAACUGAAACAGGUUUGAGGACGUCUGCAUGGGACAGUGUUAACAGUCUCCUUGGCCAUACGCAGACAGAUCAACCCUGGAUGACCACUUGUUUGGACACUUUACACAUUAACUCCCUCAAGGGGUUGUUGAGGUGAUGGAGGCAAAAGAACACUGGUUCCUGCCAGGGUUUCUGGUUCUUGCUAUGGUAAUAGCUCAAGGAACAACUAGUAAAUGUAAUUUUAGUCCUCAAUGCUACAAGAAAACUGAAAAAGCUACCACCUAUACAUGUGAAUGGAUGACGUCUGGGUCUAUGAAAAAUGCCACCUAUGAGCUUUUUUACAAGCGCUCCAAUUCCACUGAAAGUAGGACAUUAUUGGGCAGUGAUAAGAAGAGCUAUAUCUUUGUGAAUGAUGAUAUAGUGCUCGGAAAAGUGCUUGUGGAUCUAUGGGUGGUCGCUUAUACGGGCAACUGGAGCUGCCAGUCACUCAAUACCUCUGUUCGACUUAAUGAAAGUGUUAAGUAUGAAACUCCCCAAAAUGUGUCUAUGUCAAGAUCCUUGAGUAAUCUUACCCUCAGCUGGGUUAACAAGAAAGGAGUGAAAGAAUACAUGCCAGAAGAUGUUGUAUUAGAGGUCAAGUUCAGAAGAUUAGAGGAUACCUCAGGGAUAUGGAACACAACUGAAACAGAAGUCAAACAAGCCAUGGUCACUCUGGAGAAUCUCCAGAACCAAUCUGUGUACCAACUGCAGGUCAGACAACGGUCCAAGCGUGUCAAACAUCCCCUGUGGAGCGACUGGACUCCAAUCCUGGACGUUCCCACUGAAAUCCAAAAUCCCACAGAGGUUAACUGGACAGUGGAGGAUUUUAACAAUGGUACCCGACUACUCAAGCUGACUUGGGGUACACCACCUUAUCCAGUCUCUAUGGGACAGGUGAAUUACAACCUCUCUCUCCAUAUUUGGCCUUGCCUACUAAAGCAAAAGAACUUCAACAAUAUCCCUACCACUGAGUUCAGUGUUUAUGUGACUUACUCUGCUGUCAGUGGUUCCAUUGUUGCCUUUAAUAAGGUGGGAAAGUCAUCACUGACACAUAUCCUUGUCCCAGAAAAACAUCUUACAUAUCCCAGCAAGUCUUGGCCUGAUGACAAACUCAUCCCGCGCAAUUAUACCCUUGACCUUAAAAUAUCCUGCCUGGAAUGGUACAAGCUAACAGACGGAGAAACACGACCAGCCAAAGUGAAUAUAUCAAUAACUAAACAUGGAACAGUCAAUAAAAAACUAAGAGCUAUCAGACAAAAGAUGGACAAGUAUGUACGUUACUAUUACCUCGUUCACAAACAAACUGAUGGAAAUCCACAAACAAAAGAAAUGCGUCUCAUGUAUAAAAAAGAGGGUGCACCUAGUAAGGCACCUGAGAAUUUCACUGGUCCUUUUGUUAAUGUAACAACCAACUCUGCAAUGCUGCAUUGGAAACCUAUUCCUGUGCCAGACCAGCGAGGCUUCCUUACACACUAUGAAGUCCGCUAUACAAGAAGCGAAAAUUAUGAGGACCUCAUUGAAGAAAAAAAGUGUCACAACAUUUCAGCAUCAAAAACAGAGUACCUUGUUCAAAACCUGACACCCGAGUCCAGGUACAAGAUCCAUCUUGCUGGAGCAACAGCUGCAGGCUCAGGACCAUGGACAACUAUCCAUAUCAUGACAAAGCCUCAACCCAAGUCCAUUAUUGGCUGGAUGUUAGCUGGCAUAAUUGUUUUAAUUGCAAUAUUAAUAACAAUAUGCUUAUUUAUCAUCAAGAGACAUAAAAGCAAGAUAUUCCCACCAAUACCACGUCCUAUGGUCGCAGAGUCCGAGAACUAUCGAGCGAGGACUCAGGACAUGUAUGAGAUGAAGGAAGAGGUGCAUGAGCUGCAGAUACAUGACAAGAGCAGCCAAGACCCCAACCCUGAGGAGGCCACUCUCCUGGAGGUGUGUGAAGACGCGGACGAGAAGAGCCUAGGAGACUCCAGCACCCCAGAUGAAGUCAGUGACAUGCUGAGCCCUGAUUAUAAGGGCCAGGUGUUAAGUCUAGAAACCACCGAUCCAAGCCAAGGAGAGAUUGACUGUGAGGUCACCAUGCUGAUGUACAGGAAUGGUCUGGUCUUUGAUAUGAAGGCAGACUCCACCGAGGAUGUCGGGACACCACUCUAGACAUCUUUGCAGUAGCACUUACUUAAAGCCUGUAAUUAAAAUGCAUUAUGAUGCAUUAUACGACUUGUCAUAACUUAAGCAUGUAAGACCCCUUUAACAUGGUGUAUUGUCAAUUCCUAUUGAUCCUGAGUAACAGCCAUUUUGAGUCAGUUGAGAAACAUGACAUAAUAUAAUUAAGCAAUAAGGCCAGAGGGGAUGUGGUUUUUGGCCAAUGGCUAGGAGCUUUUUCUUAGGCAUGACGCAAUGCCCUUAACCAUGGUAUAUUGGCCAUUUACCACAAACCCCUGAGGUGCCUUAUUGCUAUUAUAAACU